CGCGACCCUCGCGGCCUGCCGUAGACGAAGCGUCGCCAGAACCCCCCCCGAGAGUCGAGAAUGCGCCUGCGUAGUCGUCUCAGACGCGUGCGCAGUGGCGCCGGAGACCGCUCGGCGCGGUUGCCAUGGAGUCGGAAGGGGCCUACGAGCCGGGCUUUGUGGGAAUCCGCUUCUGCCAGGAAUGCAACAACAUGCUGUACCCGAAGGAGGACAAGGAGAACCGGAUCCUGCUCUACGCGAGUCCCAGAAGCCCCCAGCCUACACGCUAUUUUGCUUUCAGUGAAUUAACACAGAUCAUCGCGGAUGUCUCCCAGGAUCCCACUCUGCCCCGGACGGAGGAUCACCCCUGUCAGAAGUGUGGCCACAAAGAAGCCGUCUUUUUCCAGUCUCACAGCGCCAGGGCUGAGGAUGCCAUGCGCCUCUACUAUGUCUGCACAGCCCCCCACUGCGGUCACCGCUGGACAGAGUGAAACCCUCCGAGACGUCCUCUUCCUACCCAUGAUUCCCCCGCUGCGAUUCUCCACUAUUUAUCCGUUCAGCCUGUCUGAAUUGUCCUUUGUUCUAAUAAAUGAUUUAUUUUUCACAG